AUGCCAGCCCUCAAGACUGGGCUCGCGCUUCUGGCACUAGCGACAUCAACAUAUGCACAGUACUUCGGAGGAUACACAAGCGGCAGCGACAAUCCCUAUUCGAGCAGCAGCAGCAGCAGCGACACCAAUGGCGAUGGGAGCAGCACUUUUGGCGGACAAUCGAGCGGUAGCUUUGGUGGCUUUGGAGGGUUUGGCCAGUACAACAAGACUGUCACAGCACAUGCUGUUCUGGCAGCGCUUGCAUUCGGUUUCUUCUUUCCAGUAGGCGGCAUCGUAAUCCGCCUCGCCUCCUUCCGCGGUCUCUGGCUCGUCCAUGGCCUCUUCCAGAUCUUCGCAUACCUCCUCUACAUUGCUGGAGCAGGCAUUGGAUUAUGGAUGAUCUCAGCCCGCCGCCAGCUCCUCCACGACCCCCACCCCAUAAUCGGCAUUAUACUCCUCGUCCUGAUCUUCUUCCAACCAUUCCUCGGCUUCCUUCACCACUUCAUGUUCAAGAAACACUCCCGCCGCGUAGUCUGGUCAUACGGACACAUCUGGCUCGGUCGGAUCAUCAUCACAUUAGGCAUCAUUAACGGCGGUCUUGGGCUAAGGCUAGCAAGACGAGCGCCCGUUGCGCCACCGAGUAGAGGGGCGAUCAUUGGGUAUAGUGUUGUGGCGGGGUUGAUUUGGUUGGUCUAUGUUGUUUCUGCGAUUGUUGGGGAGAGGAAGAGGGGCAGGGUGGUGAUGGUCAGGGAGACGGAGGGGCAUGGGAAGGAGUAUGAGAGUAGUCGCAGUCGGGAGCAUAGUAGGGAGCAGUAUGCGUAG